CUGUGUUCCUUUCCGGUUCAUUUUACUGGGCGAACCAACCGGAAGUGAUCGCUCCGUGGUGCUGUGUUGAGUUGGAGACGGUAGUGUAAUUUAUUUACAUCUCCUACCUUCGUGUUUGAAUUCCUGACAUUUUAUAGCCUCCAGGACUCAUCUCAGCAAGAAUGACAGACCGCUACAACAUCCACAGUCAGCUGGAGCAUCUUCAAUCAAAGUAUAUCGGCACAGGACACGCCGACACCAGCAAGUGGGAAUGGCUGGUCAAUCAGCAUCGUGAUUCCUACUGUUCCUACAUGGGACAUUUUGACCUGCUGAAUUACUUUGCUGUGGCUGAGAACGAGAGUAAAGCGCGUGUUCGUUUCAACCUGAUGGAGAAGAUGCUUCAGCCAUGUGGACCACCAGCAGAUAAACCUGAUGAUGCCUAGAUCACACUGGAGUGAGCAGUGGAUGCUUUUUGUUAGAAACAAAAAAUAUUCCAGCUAAAACUGCUACUGCAUCCUUGUUUGACUCCACCAUUACUGGAUUCGUUGUGUACUUAUAGAAGAGAAGACUUUUCUUUUUUUGGUUUUAUAUGGACCAGAACAAAAUAUUUUCUUGCCCAGCACAGUUUUCUAAACAGUUGUUUAAAGGUGAAAGUGCUUUAACAGCUGAACAUGUACCAGAGGACAUAAUAGAAAGCAGGUAUAAGGUGUAGUACUUUCAUCUGCAUGUGUUUGCAUUAAAGGAUGGAGAUGUAUUCUUGAUUUCAUUAAAAUUUGUCUUUUUCUAUUUUAGCACUUGUUGAUUGCAUUUACAUGAAUUUAGAUUUAAUGGCCAAUGGUUCGGAUUCAUUGACCUGUUGUGAUUUACAAUGUAGUAAUUUAUACAGUAAGUUUAAAAAGAAAAAUCAGGAAAAAAAGUUUGUACCCAAUAAAAACUGAUUUAGUAUUGACAGUGUUGGGCAGCAACAAAGGGACAGCAGUUCCAAUGUUUCUUGGCAUGGU